AUGGAAUUAGCCGUUUCUAAGGAUCCUGUGGAACUGUCCGACAUUGGGGGAGAAGUCUUUGUGCUUGAGCUGUCUUUGAACUGUGAGAUCAAUUAUGUUAGUGCGAACUUGCUUCAAGUAGUUGGUCGGUCUUUGGAUAACUUGGUUGGAAAGCCUGUAGCGAGUCUUGUUACUGAUGAUGAGGUUUUUCAUGAAUCAACGACCUCGUUGAUGGAGGAUGAUUCACGGAGCGCGAAAGUGGAAACGUUUCUUUCCAUUUUGCCUCCGGAGGAUGAUGUUUUCUUACGGGAUGAAGACAUGGCACAGCAGCCUGUAUCGAAAGGAAUCGAAGGUACUGGUAUUCUCAUUAAGAAUCCGGCCACCGGUGAGUCCACGCACACGCUGUGGGUGUUUAAAGAGGCAAAAGGUGAUGAUGAGGUUCGUGAUGUAAUUACAACUCAGUUAUCGGCAACUUUGGGCUUCGGUGCGAAGCUAUUAGUGGAUUACUUAAAUCAAGUAAGAGCUUCUGCGUCUGGAAAUGUUCCAGAGGAGUUGUUUCUGUGUCGUGUAUGCGACCAAAAGGUACCUAACUGGCUGUUUGAAAAACACACAGAGCUCUGUCUGCUCGUGCACCAAGUGGAAGCCCGAGUUUUGUCAAUGAAUGAUGAACUCGUUGACCACCGUAAUCUUUUGGUUGCCAUGUGCGAGGAGUUAGAGGAUGAUCCAAACAAACUUUCCAUUGCAUACAACGACACAGUGCUACAAGCGCUACCAGCUCCAUCAACGGCCGUGGCACCUUCUCAUGGACGUCCUUCACAUGGCCAUUCCCGCUAUGGCAACAGUAAUGACCAUAAGAGACGGGCGCACGAGUUUCUAUUGCGCAUGGUCAUGCGUGCCCUGGAGCUUACGGAUUUGGGUCUUUCCAUUCACACCUCGUCCGCCAAUACCAGCAUGACAUGCAGAACGAUAAACGAUUUUCGCGCUUUGUCACCUACGAGCGAGAUGGCUACGUCGGAAGCCCUAUCCUGGUGCACGCCUCAAGUGAGUGACGAGGGUCUUCGGUUACUAUUCCGCGAAACUAUGGAGCUUGUGCAACGCAAAAUAAAAGAGAAUAAUCGCUUGAGUAACAUUCUUUACUACUUUACUCGGUUGUGUAGUGAACUGCAAGACCAAGUUCGUGCGUUUGUUGAAAGAAUGUGCCAUGUGGGUAAUGACACUCCCUCCUCUGCACUUUCUCCCAUUGCGUCGGCACUUGACUUUAAUCAAUCGGAAUUUCGUGGUCCUCGUGAUAGCGUGCCAACGUCUUCGCUGAACUUAGAAUCCGACUCUGCCUUUAAGAAAACGAAUGUUUCAGAGGCUAAUCCGACAUGUCCUGGUGCGUCUAUGUUGUCUUCCGUUAUAAAAACACAAACAAGUCCACCUCCUUUAACGAGCUUUCAUGACUUACCGAACCCUAUGAAUAAUAUGAAUAUGACAGUGCCUCCGCCCGAUAAAUGUGUUUCUACUGCUGCUACAUCCUCUCCCAUUAUGGCCGCCGUCCAACCGUCUUCCUACAGUCGUCGACAAUCAAUUAGUUCUGUCAACAUGAUGUACGGAGUUGUCUCAUCGUCCUACACGAUGGAUUCGUCCCCAAUUCACAAGCGUUCCCCGAGUUUGUCAGGAAACUCACUAAUGCGCAACACCUCUGAUUCUAGCCCUGUUCCAGCAAUAUCCAUGCCCGUGAUGGGUUCAAAAACCACCGCCUCAAUUAAGGAUUUCGAGCUCAUUAAACCCAUCAGCAAGGGUGCUUUUGGAUCCGUGUAUCUAGCAAAGAAAAGAGCUACUGGCGAAAUUUAUGCAAUCAAAGUUUUGAAGAAGGGCGACAUGAUUGCUAAAAACCAAGUUACAAAUGUUCGUUCCGAAAGGGCUAUUUUGAUGGCACAAGAACAGUCUCCUUUUAUUGCACAGCUUUAUUAUGCAUUUCAGAGCAAGCAUUAUCUGUAUCUUGUUAUGGAGUUCAUGAAUGGAGGUGAUCUGGCUGCUUUACUAAAAAGUUUUGGUGCAUUGCCCGUAUCUUGGGUCAAAACGUAUUCUUCGGAAAUUAUUCUGGCUUUAAAGCACCUUCAUGAAUUGGGUAUCAUCCAUCGUGAUAUCAAGCCGGAUAAUAUCUUAAUGACAACUCGCCAAUAUCGUCUCCAAAAACAAAGGGAGAAUGACGAUUCUGGUGACACUUCUAGUCAGGGCACUUUAACUACUCCUCGGCCAAGCUAUCCUAAUUCCCCUAUUCUUGGUGCAACAUUAAGUGCUCAUCAAAGUCGAAGCAGCUCUCCUUUAACGCGUGAAUUUAGACACGCGUUGUUGAAUGCUAGUGAGGGUGGCAGUAUUGGAACAGAGUUUAUUGAACCGCUCUCCUUGUCCGCCGGUACCAGUGGUCACGCUAGUUUUCAGGAGGCCUCUGACUCCGGUGAUAGUUUAAUGCAUGUUCCGCUAAGCAAAGGAAAACGACACCGUCAUCAGCCUUCGUGGUCUUUCUUUCGUCAACCUGAUGCGCCAAAACACUUUGUUGGCACGCCUGACUACCUUGCUCCUGAAACUAUUCAAGGCAGUAGUCAGGAUGAUAUGGUUGAUUGGUGGGCUGUCGGGUGUGUAAUAUUUGAAUGUUUAUUUGGUUAUCCUCCGUUCCAUGCCGACAGUCCUGAGAAGAUUUUCAAAAAUAUUGUUUCACACUCCAUCCUUUGGCCAGAUCGUGAUGAUUUCGAAUAUGGCCCUGAGAUCUAUGACUUGCUAAAUCGAUUCUUAGAUCCAAACCCAGAAACACGGCUAGGAGCAAAAGGAGUUGAUGAAAUACAGGCACACCCAUUCUUUUCUGACAUAGAUUGGGAUCAUGUAUCUGAGCAGGCUGCUCCGUUCGUUCCCAUAACAGAAGACUCUUAUGAUACUGUUUACUUUGACAGCCGUGGCGCUUCAUUUGAAGAGAAAUCAAUCUCCUCUCUUGUGAAUGAUGAUGCUGCAACGUUCAUUUCUCCAAAAACAGAUACUUCUCGUUCGUACCGCAGCACUCCCACUUCGGCAAGACGAAUGAGUAGCUCUCGUUCUCGUCGAUCCAGUCACACUACUGGCAUGGACGAAUUUGGUUCGUUUUCCUACAAAAAUCUCAGCGUUCUUGAGCAGGCUAACCGUGAUGCUGUUGAGCGAAUUCGUUUGGAAUUUCAACAAAAAACGGGUUCUGCACCAAGUACCCCGGAUUCUCUUUCUGAUAAAGCAUCUGUUCCAGACAAGCUAUCAGUCUCUAACCCGCCAAAGUUUGCCAAAAAAUUCAACAUGUUGAAUGCCUUGUCAACGGAGGUAUCUUGUGCUAUAAGCGAAAAUUCAAGUCCUAUUAGUCCUUUGAGCAGCAAUCUUGCCUUAAAGCGGAAUCAGAAUCGACACUUCUCUGAUUCAGAAGCAGUGGCUCAUGGGCUAUCUAAAGUAUCAAUUGGCUCUGAAACUCCCGAACAGGGAUCACCUAAAUUGAAGUCCGAGACUGGUCGUCCUAGCUCUUCCCAUAUUCCGACCAUAUCUCUUAGGAAUGAAUGGAACCGCAGAAGUGCAACGAAUCUUCACUUUCUCGUAUGCGAGGAUUCUUCAAAUACUUACAGUGAUCUCGUUACCUACCUCCGUUCGAAUUUUGCAACUGUCACGGUUGUGGAUAAUCCAAAUCGUUUCCUGUUUUACCUAAUGUCAAAUACAAAGUUUUCUAUUAUCUUCAUACAGCUUUAUUUACCAAGAGUUUCUGGCAUCUCACUUAUUAAACUGCUUCGAACGAGUACCUUUGUCAAUAGAAACACACCUACCGUUGCUUUGUUUUCGUCGAGAGUUGACUUAGGAACCACUUUACCCCCUGUUUUUGACGGCCGUCUAUACAUCCCAAUUAAUUAUUCUCGCCUGAACGACUAUAUUUCCCGAUUUUGUAACUUCUCGCCGAUAUCCGAAAUGGAAUUUUAA